CCGGCGCGGCGCGGAGGCUGUGCGGAGGACCCCAAAGAAAAACAAUAAACAAAUUUUCAAAAUGUUUGUGUGCUCAGCUUCAAUUUGAUGUUAGUUUUCCACGCGAACAGGCUAGAGCGGGACAACAAACGAGGAUUUGGAAAACGGAAUUGGCACAAAGUUUUAGUUAAAGAAUUAGAACCAGCUCGCUGUGCCGAAGUUUACUGUAUAAAUUAAAGCUGAAUCGCUAAUUAAGGAAAAAAAAUAUUCAACAUGAAUGGGAAUAAUAAAUAACGACAAAUCGGAUUGAAGUUCCAGGCGCGCCGCCAACAACAAACUGCAACAAAAUGUAACCGCAGCAGAUCCGCCAACAUUUUUGCUCCCCUCCCCACCAACAGGCAUGCCACGCCCCCUCGACGAUGCCACAUUGUUGUGGUUGGCAUAUAAAGUGUUGCAUUUUGUUUUGUGUUCCAAGCGAUUCGCUCGCAAUUCGAUGCUCCAUCUGCGACGCCACACACCCGCAGCCCGCUGCCUGCCCCCCGCCCGCUGCCAGGCCCAGACAUAUGAGCCGCAAUGAUUCUUGUUGCAUAUGUGCAACAACUUAACUGCCAGCUGAUAGCUGUAGCUGUAGCUGUUACUGAGCAAUGGCCGCCGUUAACUCGCGCAAUUUGUUGCAAGUCAGCCAAAGAAAAAACCCAGCCAAACCAAAGCAAGCCUAGAACUAUCCGAUUCGAACCGAGCUGAGCGUUGUCCUGGCUAUUGUCCUGGCUUUUGUGGGCAUGCUAAAUGCGCACAGCUGUCGGGAUUAGCCCGGGUACGGCACGAGAUUGCAAUGUAAACGCCGCGAAUUAGUUCGAGCCGAAAACCGCCUCAACCACCCCCGAAAUCGCACGAACACACACACGCACACACACAUAAAUGUAAUAAAGAAAUAAAAUUGUGAAUGGGGGCGCGACAAACAAUACCCUUGGCCUGUGCUCGGCCACCAUUUCCCAUUUCGCGUUUCGCAUUUCCAUUUCGAUUGCAGCCGCUGCCCAAAAACUCGGAAAACUCUGAAAAUUAAACAGAUGGCGCGCAUUAGAUGCGCUUCACUCGGAUCCCCGGAGACCAAAAGAACACCCGCGACCAAAAACACCAAAUCCAACAAAACAUACACAAAUAUAACCCACAAACUUCCACAAAGCAGUGGACCACAAUUGAUUCAACUCAAGCUAAAUACAGAUCUAAUCAACCGAAUAAUUUAACUAUCUACUGUCUAAUUAGACGUAUGUAUAUCUAUUUAAAUUAUUGCCCAUCUUCAAUUUUCGUGUGCGCCCAACCCUGGAAGUCCAAUCUAACUAUAGGCACAUCAAUACUGGAGUUCGUAAUGGUAUAACAAGCCAACAAACAAGCAGACAAACAACGAUACGAGGCAACAAACAAUCUAAGCACACAAAAGCAAAGACAGUCCCAAAAGCAGCUUCGCAUUUUUUUGGAUAAUUAUCAUAUAUACACAAGUUCGCCCUGACUAACUGCCGAGGUUUAGGAAAGUUCUGCACGCGAAAUCGGAAAAUCCUCCCACUGGAUGGGAAACGGGAGUUCAAGGAAAGCCAACUCUAUACAAAAGAAUAUGUUGGACAAUAUAUCUGCAGCUAUCUACAACUGAAAUCUACAGGUUUAAGUUGGGAUAACUUAAGCUAACUGAUCAGGUAAUUGGCCUUGAUAGUUUGAUUAGUUUUCUUCUUUUAUCGAACUCGGCCCAAUCAGCAUGCACUUAGCAAAUA